AUGAAGGGCUGGCUCCAGACGUUAGGCCUGACAGCCCUACUCGCAAGCCAGGCGCUUGCCAACGAUGUCGAAUUGAAAUCCGAUGAUGCGCACCGACAACGAUGCUCAGGGAUGUACAGUCGCAAAGCUUGGGGAGGAAACGUUGACCCUUUCAUAUUGGUGAAAUUCUCCAAGUCAGCGGCAACAGAAAGCGAUCCGAUGGCUAGUCUAGUCAUAUUCGAAUGGUCUGACGAGGAAUUGAUUGGGAAAUACCGUUCCGACGACGCUGAGGUCAAGGAAACAAUCUGUGACGCCUCCAACGUUGAUGCGAAAAUAUGUACUGAGGAUCAACUCGGCUCUUUUGUCCUUACGAACAACGCUUCCGACGUAUCUACAAGCCCCAUCAUCUCGAAGGCGAUCCAUCUUAACAACCCAGAUGCCUUGAAAUACCCGGUCAGAAAGACUGGAUUCUACUGUGUCAGCACCUACGCGUACUCCGGAGAGGACUACAAUGCAGUUGUCACAUUCCGAAAUUCCUAUGGCGAGCUUCCUGCUGCACAAAUUGCAAAGCUUCCAUUCUAUGGGGCUUUGACCAUUGUGUACGCUGUGAUCGGAAUCUUCUGGGCCUUCCUUUAUGUGCAAAACCGUUAUGAUAUCUUGCCUGUCCAGAAUUAUAUCACAGCGAUUGUUGUCUUCUUGAUCGUUGAGCAAUUGAUGACAUGGGAAUUCCAGAACCGCAAUGGUCUCAACGGCGGAGCGAAAGCCCUGAUGGUUAUUGUGGCAGUUCUCAACGCAGGCAGAAAUGCCUUUUCGUUCUUCCUUCUUCUCAUUGUCUGCAUGGGCUACGGUGUGGUGAAACAUUCUCUUGGCCGAACAAUGAUCUAUGUUCGCAUCUUGGCCAUCGCCCACUUUAUUUUUGCAGUGGUCUACUCGGUGGCCAGUUUGUCGAUCACCCCAGAGAGUGCUGGUCCCCUGGUGCUUCUGAUCGUUCUUCCGCUUGCCGGAACACUCACUGCGUUCUACGUGUGGACCCUGAACUCCCUCAACGCUACCAUGAAGGAUCUUAUCGACAGAAAGCAAAAGACCAAGGCUAUGAUGUACAAGAAGCUUUGGUGGUGUAUCCUCGGAAGCAUCAUCGUGAUCUUCGGUUUCUUCUUUAUUAACUCGUUCGCUUUCGCCGGACGUAGCGACGCCAGCUUUGUUCCUGAACACUGGAAGGCGAGAUGGUUCGUUCUUGAUGGCUGGCUCAACUUGGUCUAUCUUUUCGAUAUUGGAUUUGUGGCCUACCUGUGGAGACCAACCGCCAACAACCGCCGCUUUGCCAUGAGUGAUGAGCUUGCUCAAGAUGAUGAUGGAUUCGAGAUCCGAUCAUUCGGCAGUGGACUGGAUGAGGAAGAUGCCUACGAUGCUCCCCCUGAUUACCCUGGCAGCUCGGCUGCCGAAGGCCGUCGUGAUUUGUCCCCGGUGCCUCCCAAGCCUGUUUCUUCCGCGCCACGUCAGCGUGAGUCUCUCGAGGAGGAGACAAUAUUCGCAGUGGGUGAAGAAGACGGUGAGAGAUGGUCGGAGGACGAUGAGUCUCCUCGCAACUCGAGCGAAAGAGAAAGACUUACCGGAAAAAACAAGAAUUAG